GAUGUCGACAAUGUUUGGACUGCUCAUAGCUGCGUUUUUGAUAGUGACCACAGUCAACGGCAAAUCCGUUGCCAUUGGUCGGUACAAGCAGCAACUCCUCGAUGUACACAACGCCUACCGAGGAAUGCAAGGGGCAGCCGACAUGCAUGCUCUAGUGUGGGAUGACCAGCUCAGCAGCGAAGCUGCAAACUGGAUAAAAAGUUGUAAAUUCGAACACCAGAUGAAGGGAAGAGGGGAAAAUUUGGCCUUUGAUACGAAUCCCAGGAAAGACGAAGAAUUGAUAAAUAGUUCCAUGAAGGCUUGGUAUGACGAAAUCAAGGAUUAUAACUACGCCAGGAAACAAUGCGGAAGGAGCUGCCAUUACACACAGAUUGUCUGGGCUAAAACGAGAAAGGUUGGAUGUGCCAUUGAGAAAUGUGACUACCUAUACGGCUUUGGGCGCCCAAUAAAGGAUGCGUGGUAUCUGGCCUGCUUCUAUGAUCCAAAGGGCAACUAUAUAUCUGAAUAUCCUUACACCAAAGGUCCGGCUUGUUCCAAGUGUCUGCAGAAACAGUCCUGUGAAAAUAACCUAUGUACAGGCGAGGGGGUCGAGGUGUGUGAGAACCUAGAUGAUGAUUGUGAAUAUUGGUCCUCGGCUGGAGAAUGCCAAAAUAACCCCAACUUCAUGUUAAAGAAAUGCAGAAAGGCUUGUGGUGUUUGUCAAGGAUGAAGACAGGACAUCGUUUUUACUGCCACGGAUAUGAACACGGACCACGUGACUUGAGAUUUUUCAUUAUCAACAGCAGCACGUCGGAGAUGAAAAGCCGUACUUCUAUCGCUUUAUUUACUUAUUUGCAAGAUUUUUUUGUCUUUAUUAAAGCAAUUCAA